ACCCAAUGCAAAAUCAUAAUCUUCCCUAAACAGAAAACAGAUUCACAGAAAACCAGAAAGCUUCUUCAAUGAUCUUAAAAAUUCUCCCAGUCCCAGUCCCCACUUGUUUAACACACAACAAGUUUACCUUCAAAAUUCCACCAGAAUGAGCUUCCCAGUCUAAAAUCACCGUACCGAUGACAUGAAAAUCUGUUUCAUUGCCGGCGAUCAGAGCGACGGCUUGGACGGAUCCCAUGAACAGUUUACAGAGGAGACCGGCUCCGAUGGAGAUGAAUCCAUGUGGCUCUCUUCGGAUUCCUCCUCCUCUUCUCCGCCUCUGUUUUCCGAGAGCUGCUGGCGUCUACUGGAUUCUUUCCCUGAUUUCUUGCUCUCCUUAGUGAAUCUUGAUGAGGAAGACUCGAAGCUGAUUGCGGACGGAGAGCUCGAUUUCGAUUGGUUUCUGUCUGGAUUUCCGAGUCCGUCUUUCCGGAGCGGUUUGGAUUUCGAGGUGAAAUUAGCAGGAGCAAGAGCAAUCGGGGACGUUGAUCCCGAUGAACCGAUAUUCUGGCCGAUCGAACUGAAAAUCGAUUGGAAAUCAAUGGAGGAUUGGGACUGGUUCUCGAUUUCUCCGCGGAAGGAUUUGAGAUCUUCCGCUACGCCUCCGAACUCCACUGGAUUCAGAUUUGAGGGACGGAAAAUGAAUCUGAAUCAAGCGCCGAAGAGGAGGCUCGUCUUCAGCUCGAGAUCGGCGGCGUCGGAGAUGAUGGAGUUGAAGCAGAGGCAAGAUAAGAGAGUUACUACUGUUCCAAGGAUCGGUACUGUUCCUUCGAGGUUCAACAGAGCAAUCAAAAACUCCGCCGGAAAACGUUCUGGCGAGAAAUUAUUCUGUGUGGAUAGAGAUUUUCUGGAGACGGAUUUGGCGGAGAAUGAAGAACUUCCGAUUGAAACGUUGUCAGGGCUUCGUGAAUUCGAUGGCCGUGAGGGAAUCGAUUCGGAGUUCGAUGACGUUGUUCUAUCGCUGGAUGAAACCUGUAAUGAACUCGCCUAGUUUAAACUUUAAA